CACUCGUAUCGCAAUGACAGAUGGGAGACCCCUGACGUCACGCUUCUUCUUCCUCUUUGUGUGCUAAAAGACGAGUCAUCACAAUGGUUCAAUCAGCUUCUUCCACGAGCGUCGGAGGCGGUAGAUCGGGCUCAAAAUCUGUUACCCCUCGUUCGUCUGGCGGUUCACAAGUGAAGCAAAGGAAAGGUGGCAGCACUACACCAGCAGCAAGAUCUCGCACAGCAGCCAGUAGCAGUGGAAUGUGGAGAUUUUACACUGAAGAUUCACCAGGACUCAAAGUGGGUCCAGUACCUGUGUUGGUGAUGAGUUUGUUGUUCAUUGCUUCAGUCUUCAUGCUUCACAUAUGGGGAAAAUACACACGAGGAUAAACAACAAGCAAUUCAAUUUAGCUUGUAAAUUCCAUUCUUGGACAUUACAAGACCCUUAUGUCCAAAUACUGCUAAAACAGACUGUGAUACAAACUAUGUUUGCUAUUUUUCACAAAAUAUAAUAAUUAUUGUUAACUAACUGCUUCUAGAAACCUUAUUAAAGUAUAAAAAUUUAUUCA